CGCGUUACCAUGGCGAGGGUAACGCUAGCGUUUCUAGUGUCACUGGUAGCCUAUCUAGCCUACUACGCUCUACUAACUGAGGCCCAACCAAUUGGAUCACUUGUGCUAACGUCUUCCGGAUCGGGACAUUCUCCAGCUGGGUCCUCUAAUGGCGACGAAAGCGGUGAUAACGUGCAGCACGGAUGGCUUAAGGAUACAAACGCUUACCGCGCAAGAACUAAAAAUCGACAGUACGAACGGAAACAUCCAGGAUCUACCGCCUAUCAAGCAUUCCGACGGACUGCCCCACUGCCUCUACUGACCCUAAAGGAACAAUCUACCGGCAGUACAUCGGAGCUCCUAACUCCAGAAUCCACGGACCUCGGGAAAGCUGACCAGCUUCGGUUUAACUUCGCCGGAUAUCUUACCGACGGCGGACCGACCCUGCUGGACGAAGAGGACGAAGACGAUGAGAUUGGUAGUUUGGUGAAACGUUUCGACGACUAUGGGCAUAUGAGGUUUGGGAAGAGGGGUGGCGAAGGUGAUCAAUUUGAUGAUUAUGGACACAUGAGGUUUGGACGAUAG